AUGACCGCUCGGACUGUGUCGGAGCUGACAAAUUUCCACCCAUCCCAGUCCGAAGGAGGUUGCACAUGGUUUGGUACGGCACCACUGUGCAAUUUUCCUUGCCCUUCUGAAUACGACUACAUAAGAAUGCACAAUGGAAGAUGUUCCAACAACUGGUUCAGCGGCUUUUGCGUACCAGACGACAGUUUCGGCAAACCUUGCUCAACAGUUUUUGGAGAAUACUUCCACAAGCGGUUCUGUUGCAAGUGAGU